AUGCUUUGUGGGGACGUUGACAAGUGGAUCCAAGAUGGCGUAGAAAGUAAUGACAGGAAUUGGAUGAAGUAAUUGAUCACUAAUGAACUACAGUGCUGGUGAGAUGUGUAAGAAAUUAUAAAGAGCUCUGAUGGGCUAUUUGGGUGAUACCCAGUGCAGUGAACUGCAGGAGUUUUGUCCCUGAGUCAUGGAAGACAGAAGAGCUGAAAAGUCAUGUGAACAAGCAUGUGAAUCACUUAAGAGGCAGGACUAUGAAAUGGCCCUCAAGCACUGUACAGAGGCCCUUCUUUCUCUUGGCCAGUGCUCCAUGGCAGACUUCGCGGGGCCUUGUCCAUUGGAGAUAGAACGCAUCAAAAUUGAGAGUCUUCUUUACAGAAUUGCCUCAUUCUUGCAACUGAAGAACUAUGGGCAAGCCGAUGAAGAUUGUAGGAACGUGUUGGGAGAAGGACUGGCCAAGGGAGACGACGCCUUUCGGACGGUGCUCUACUGCAUGCAGCUGAAAGGAAAGCUCCAGCCCGUGUCCGCCAUUCUUGCCAAGUCACUGACGGGAGAGUCCCUGAAUGGGAUGGUGACGAAGGAUUUGACAAGACUAAAAACACUUCUCACAGAAACUGAGACAGCAACUUGUAAUGUCCUCUCUGGAUAUCAUGUGGAAGACUUAGAUGAGGGGUCUUGUAAUGGUUGGCAUUUCCGCCCACCACCUAGGGGAAUCACAAGCAGCGAGGAAUAUACUUUGUGUAAAAGAUUUUUAGAGCAAGGACUCUGUAGGUAUGGUGCCCAGUGUACUUCAGCACAUUCCCAGGAAGAACUAGCAGAAUGGCAAAAAAGAUACGCUUCCCGACUGAUAAAACUGAAACAGCAGAAUGAGAAUAAACAGCUCUCAGGCAGUUACAUGGAAACCUUGAUAGAAAAAUGGAUGAAUUCGUUAUCUCCUGAGAAAGUGCUUAGUGAAUGUAUAGAAGGAGUAAAGGUGGAACAUAAUCCUGACCUGUCAGUCACUGUCAACACCAAAAAAUCUCACCAGACAUGGACCUUUGCUCUCACUUGUAAGCCUGCAAGAAUGCUGUAUCGGGUAGCAUUGCUUUAUGAUGCUCAUCGUCCUCAUUUUAGUAUCAUUGCAAUAUCUGCCGGAGAUAGUACUACCCAGGUAUCACAAGAAGUCCCAGAAAACUGUCAAGAAUGGAUAGGAGGAAAGAUGGCCCAAAAUGGAUUAGAUCAUUACGUGUAUAAAGUCGGGAUAGCAUUUAACACAGAAAUAUUUGGAACUUUUCGCCAAACCAUAGUUUUCGACUUUGGAUUGGAACCAGUACUCAUGCAAAGAGUAAUGAUUGAUGCAGCUUCUACAGAAGAUCUGGAAUACCUGAUGCAUGCAAAACAACAGCUAGUAACCACAGCUAAGCGUUGGGAUUCUUCUUCUAAAACUAUUAUAGAUUUUGAACCUAAUGAAACUACUGAUUUGGAGAAGAGCCUUCUUAUCAGAUACCAAAUUCCUCUCUCUGCUGACCAGCUAUUUACCCAGUCCGUUUUAGACAAAUCAUUGACCAAGAGCAACUAUCAGUCACGGUUGCAUGACCUUCUUUAUAUUGAGGAGAUAGCCCAGUAUAAAGAAGUCAGCAAGUUCAACCUUAAAGUGCAAUUGCAGAUUCUGGCAAGCUUCAUGCUCACUGGAGUUUCUGGAGGUGCAAAGUAUGCUCAGAAUGGACAGCUUUUUGGUCGCUUUAAGCUUACUGAAACGCUUUCUGAAGAUACUUUGGCUGGACGACUGGUGAUGACCAAAGUCAAUGCCGUUUAUUUAUUACCAGUCCCUAAAGAGAAGUUAGUACAGACCCAGGGAACCAAAGAGAAGGUUUACGAAGCUACUAUUGAAGAAAAAACAAAAGAAUAUAUAUUUUUAAGGAUAUCCAGGGAAUGCUGUGAAGAACUUAAUCUUCGGCCUGAUUGUGACACACAGGUUGAACUUCAGUUCCAAUUGAAUCGAUUACCCCUCUGUGAAAUGCAUUAUGCACUAGACAGGAUCAAGGACAAUGGGGUUUUGUUUCCAGACAUCAGUAUGACUCCCACCAUACCUUGGAGUCCCAACAGACAAUGGGAUGAACAGUUGGAUCCUCGACUAAAUGCAAAACAGAAAGAGGCAGUUCUGGCCAUAACCACUCCACUUUCUAUACAGCUGCCGCCUGUCCUCAUCAUCGGACCCUAUGGGACAGGCAAAACGUUCACGCUAGCUCAGGCCGUCAAACACAUUCUGCAGCAGCAGGAGACUAGCAGGAUUCUCAUUUGCACCCAUUCUAAUAGUGCUGCUGAUCUCUACAUAAAGGAUUAUUUACAUCCCUAUGUAGAAGCAGGCAAUCCCCAGGCAAGACCUCUCAGGGUAUAUUUCAGAAAUCGCUGGGUAAAGACUGUCCACCCAGUUGUGCAUCAGUACUGUUUGAUCUCAAGUGCACAUUCCACCUUUCAGAUGCCACAGAAAGAAGAUAUUCUUAAACAUCGAGUGGUUGUUGUUACGUUGAACACUUCCCAGUACCUCUGUCAAUUGGACCUUGAACCUGGGUUUUUUACCCAUAUUUUAUUAGAUGAAGCUGCCCAAGCCAUGGAGUGUGAAACCAUUAUGCCUCUAGCAUUAGCAACUAAAAACACUCGGAUAGUCUUGGCUGGUGAUCACAUGCAGCUCAGUCCUUUUGUUUACAGCGAGUUUGCCAGGGAGAGAAACCUCCAUGUUUCCUUACUUGAUAGGCUCUAUGAGCAUUACCCUGCUGAGUUUCCAUGUAGGAUCCUCUUAUGUGAGAACUACCGCUCUCAUGAAGCUAUCAUCAAUUACACCUCUGAGCUUUUCUAUGAGGGCAAAUUGAUGGCCAGUGGAAAGCAGCCAGCACACAAGGAUUUCUACCCACUCACUUUCUUUACAGCACGAGGGGAAGAUGUACAAGAAAAAAAUAGUACAGCUUUUUAUAAUAAUGCAGAGGUGUUUGAAGUGGUGGAACGUGUAGAAGAAUUAAGAAGGAAGUGGCCGGUAGCAUGGGGGAAGUUAGAUGACGGCAGUAUUGGUGUGGUGACUCCAUAUGCUGAUCAAGUGUUCAGGAUACGAGCUGAACUUCGGAAAAAGCGACUGUCUGAUGUGAAUGUGGAAAGGGUGCUAAAUGUGCAAGGAAAGCAAUUCAGAGUUUUGUUUCUUAGCACAGUACGUACAAGACAUACUUGUAAACAUAAACAGACUCCAAUUAAAAAGAAAGAACAACUUCUGGAAGAUUCCACGGAGGACUUAGAUUAUGGUUUUUUGUCUAACUACAAGCUUCUCAAUACUGCCAUCACGAGAGCACAGUCCCUGGUUGCUGUGGUGGGCGACCCCAUUGCUCUGUGCUCUGUUGGACGAUGCAGGAAAUUUUGGGAGCGGUUUAUUGCCCUGUGUCAUGAAAACAAUAGUCUACAUGGAAUCACUUUUGAACAGAUCAAGGCCCAGUUAGAGGCUUUAGAACUAAAGAAGACAUACGUGCUGAAUCCACUGGCACCUGAAUUUAUCCCCCGGGCUCUAAGACUGCAGCAUUCAGGGAGUACCAACAAACCGCAGCAAUCACCACCAAAGGGGAAAGGCCUCCAUCAUACCCAGAAUGAUCAUUUUCAGAAUGAUGGAAUUGUUCAGCCCAAUCCUUCCGUACUUAUUGGCAAUCCUAUUAGAGCAUAUACUCCUCCACCCCCUCUUGGACCUCACCCAAACUUGGGAAAAUCUCCAAGCCCUGUUCAAAGAAUAGAUCCUCAUACUGGGACAAGUAUUCUUUAUGUACCUGCUGUCUAUGGAGGGAAUGUAGUUAUGUCGGUGCCUUUACCUGUACCAUGGACAGGAUACCAGGGUAGGUUUGCAGUUGAUCCUCGAAUUAUUACACAUCAGGCAGCGAUGGCCUAUAAUAUGAACCUAUUACAGACGCAUGGACGGGGGUCUCCUAUCCCUUACGGCCUUGGACAUCACCCACCUGUCAGCAUAGGGCAGCCACAGAAUCCACAUCAGGAAAAGGAUCAACAUGAGCAAAAUCGAAAUGGUAAAAGUGAUACAAAUAAUCCUGGACCCGAAAUUAAUAAGAUUCGAACACCAGAGAAAAAGCCUACAGAGCCAAAACAGGUUGAUUUGGAAUCAAAUCCACAGAACAGAAGUCCUGAAUCACGUCCUGGUGUUAUUUAUCCCAAUACCAAAUUUCCUCGCAAAGAUAAUCUCAACCCCAGACACAUAAAUCUGCCCCUUCCUGCUCCCCACGCACAAUAUGCAAUCCCUAAUCGUCAUUUCCAUGCCCUUCCCCAGCUACCAAGACCGCCAUUCCCGAUUCCACAGCAGCACACCUUGUUAAAUCAGCAGCAGAAUAGUUUGCCUGAACAACCAAAUCAAAUGCCACCUCCACCAAAUCAGGUAGUCCCUCAGCAGAAUCAGCUGAGCCAGCAGCCCCAGCAGCCGCAGCAGCCUCAGCAGCCUCCGCAGCCACCACCUCAGCAGCCACCGCCUCAGCUUUCUCCUGCGUAUCAGGCAGGACCCAGCAGUGCUUUCUUUAAUAAUGCAGUUUCUCAUCGACCACAGACUCCUCCUGCAGAGGCUGUGAUUCCUGAGCAGCAGCCCCCGCCCAUGCUGCAAGAAGGCCACAGCCCUCUGAGAGCCAUUGCGCAGCCCGGCCCCAUUCUUCCUGCACAUCUGAAUAACUUCAUUGAUGAGAACCCCCCAGCAUUACCUAUAGGAGAGGCAUUAGAUCGAAUACAUGGGAGUGUGGCUCUGGAGACGUUAAGGCAGCAGCAGGCACGGCUGCAGCAGUGGAGCGAGCACCACGCCUAUCUCAGCCAGGGCAGCAUCCCGUACCCGCACCCUCACCACCCUCACCUCCAGCAUCUUCCUCAGCCACCCCUCGGGUUGCAUCAGCUGCCAGCGAGGGCAGACUGGAAGCUCACCAGCAGUGCCGAAGAUGAAACAGAGACAACGUAUUCAAGGUUUCAAGACUUAAUCAGAGAACUGUCUCAUCGUGAUCAAAGUGAAACGCGGGAACUAGCUGAAAUGCCACCACCUCAAUCAAGACUUUUGCAAUACAGACAAGUGCAGACUAGGAGCCCACCAGCAGUCCCGUCUCCCCCGUCCGGUACAGACCACAGUAGCCACUUUUCUAACUUUAAUGACAACAGCAGAGACAUUGAAGUAGCCAACAACCCAGCAUUUCCACAGCGCCUCCCACCCCAGAUAUUCAGCUCUCCUUUUUCGUUGCCAUCUGAACACCUUGCCCCACCUCCCCUGAAAUACCUGGCACCUGACGGAGCAUGGACUUUUGCUAACUUGCAGCAGAAUCACCUAAUGGGGCCUGGCUUUCCCUACGGCCUACCUCCACUGCCUCACAGGCCACCACAGAACCCUUUUGUACAAAUACAGAAUCAUCAACAUGCUAUUGGUCAAGAGCCAUUUCACCCACUGUCAUCUCGAACAGUAUCUUCUUCUUCGCUCCCUAGCUUAGAAGAGUAUGAGCCCAGAGGACCUGGUCGGCCCUUGUACCAAAGAAGAAUUUCAUCUAGCUCAGUCCAGCCUUGUUCUGAAGAAGUAAGCGCUCCUCAAGAGAGUCUGGCUCAGUGUAAAGAGCUUCAGGACCACAGUAGCCAGUCUUCUUUCAACUUCUCAUCCCCGGAGUCCUGGGUAAACACCACCUCAUCUGCUCCCUAUCAGAACAUUCCGUGCAAUGGAUCCAGCAGGACAGCUCAGCCCAGAGAGUUGAUAGCUCCACCCAAGACUGUCAAACCCCCUGAGGAUCAGCUGAAGUCAGAAAACCUCGAGGUGUCCAGUUCCUUCAACUACAGCGUGCUGCAGCAUCUCGGCCAGUUCCCACCCCUCAUGCCCAACAAGCAGAUUGCGGAGUCGGCCAACAGCAGCAGCCCCCAGAGCGCUGGUGGGGGCAAGCCCGCCAUGUCCUAUGCUAGCGCUCUAAGGGCCCCUCCCAAGCCCAGGCCCCCUCCUGAGCAGGCCAAGAAGAGUAGCGACCCUCUGUCUCUGUUCCAGGAACUCAGCCUGGGGAGCUCGUCAGGCAGCAAUGGCUUUUACUCCUAUUUUAAAUAAUCACUUUUUUUUCCUCAAGGGAGAAUGUUUUAAUUUCUGUUUGUAUCAAUAGAAUUAAGGUAGUUGGACUUCAUCUAUAGAUGCACAGUUCCCUUUGUUUUAAUAUUAAAUAUGUUCUCACUUAAUUGCUUUGCUGCUAGACUUGCAACUAAUUUUUUAAACGUAUAUUCCAUUAUUUUGCAUUUUUGAUGUGAGUCAGAAUUUUGACAGCUUUUAUGUAGAAUAAAAAAAUAUUUUUAAAUUUGUGUAUUGUUACAUAUGUUUGCAUCAAGCUAGCAGCUAAGAGGUUAAUUGUGCAACUAUAAAAAAAAAAGAAAAACAUUUGUCUAAAAUGUAUUUAAAAAGAACAAAAAUUGUAAGUAGCAUUUACAUUUAUUCAAUAAUAUUACCAUAUGCUGGGUUUCUGUACCAGAAAUGGCCAGUUGAUGUACAAAUGUAUGUUAUUUUUGCUUAAAUUCAUUUAAAAUUUUUUAAAAUAAAGGGGCAGCAUCUUCUAAAUACUUUAAGUUUUACCAGCUUUUAUUUUGGUGAUAUGAUGCUGCAUUCUAAAACUUUUAUAGUUUUAGACUAUGUAUGAUGUGCUAUUGUAAUCUCCAUCCACCGUAGGAUAGAGUUAAAGGCAUUCUUUGCAGGUGUAUUUUGUAUGCCACUGUCUUUUUAAAUGUGAAAAGGCAUUGGUAUACUUAGUUAUUUUUUGGACAAGCUACACUUCAAGCUUGGUUUUAAUGUUAAUUUGAUAGUGUUUUUUUUUUUUUUUAAACAAAUCAUGAAGCUGAAAAAUUUUUAGGAUUGUUGGUGCUUAGUAGACUUGAUAACUAUUUUAAAAAUGCGUGAAUUUAGUAAAAUCCUUUUUUCUCACUAUGCAUGUGUAAAUGUUUGUAACCUGGCUUUCCCUUCUCCAGUGGUAUAAAGAAUUGUGCCGCUUUAAGGUUUGGGUUUUUUUUUCCCCCCUUCCAGUAAAAAUUUUGGUACCUUAUUUGAUGUUUACAUUAAAAUGUGACAUU